AUGCAAACCAGCCUCGGGACGCACUCGCUGAAGGACACCGCGGAACGUUGCGAUGCGCGGCGCGGGGUAACGAGCGUGACAUCAUCGGCUGCUCCCGAGCUUGAGUAUUCUGUCGCCGCGCAUCGUACCUUAAUUGCGUUACGCGCUGCCGCCUGCCAUCGUCCAUACCACAUGGUCAAUGACAAGUUCUAUCGCGCGGAAAUCGAAAUGCUCCGCCCAGGGACACCGAUCCCCUCGCCUCCGACAGUUGCGGAAGAUGUCCGGCGAUUAUAUCAAGGACUUUCGGGGGAUUUGGGUGAAUAUUUACGUGGGCGGGGACUUCCGUUCCAUCUCAUGCUCGAUGGGUGGACAAGUCCCAUUGGUACCGGGGAACUCGGCCUCGUGAUUCAGUAUUAUGCGGAGGGUGAGCUACACCGCUGCCUGCUAGAGUUUAUCAAGUAG